ACUUUAGAGGUUAUAAUAAUAAUUUAUUAAAUUUUCACAAAAAGUUUAUUAAUUAUAAUACCUCCUAAUGAAUUUACCAUUUUCAAAAAUACUUAAAUAUGUAAGGCUUUAAUUCCGUCACAUCAGAAAAUGGACUCUGAAACUAAUUCAAUUCUAAUCGAGGACUCUGAUGAUUCUUUACUAGACUUUAAAGAAUUAAACGAUCUCGAAUAUGAUAUACCGCCGGUCGCUCCGCCUACCCUCGAGAGCGUCUUGUGGGAUUUGGAAUCGGAAGAGGGUAGUGACAGUACUUCUUUACAUUCGUUACAUAGCCUUACUCAGAAAUCAAAGUCAAUGUUAUACCAUGGUAUUUUACAAGGAAUUUCUUCGCAAGUUGCAUCGGCAGGGGAACGCGUCAGUGCUGGCUUACCAACUGUUAUAUCGAACAGUGUAAAAUUUGUGGCCGUGGGAACGUCACACGGUUUCGCGUUGGCUUUUGAUUCCGAACAGAAAUUGUGUUGGUGCUGUCACGAUCUGAGCACAAAUGAUCAGGGUGCUAUUUCUGCGUUAGCCUUUAAUUUAGAUUCUACACGACUACUCGUUGGGUAUGAGCGCGGGUACAUAUCAAUGAUCGACACUAACAGUGGUGACGUUAUUCGUCGUCUACCAGAUGCUCACGCACCUCAAUCGGCUGUACUACAUUUACGCUUUACUUCGUUAAACGGUUUAGCACUAAGUGGUGAUUCUGCAGGCUGUGUAUUUUCAUUAACUUUUAAUCGGCGCUUGGGAGUUCGCACGUGGGAUUCGAAGUGUUUAUUUUCAGGUGCAAGGGGGGAGGUGUGUGUGUUUGAGCCCUUAGUUCAGGACCAUCAUCUUCAACUGCUUGGCCAUCACAUUUUAGUAGCAAUGGCCACUCUUUCCAAGGUGAUAGUAAUAGCCAUUCGCCCUCGACUGAAAAUUCUAUUCACCCAACAACUUCCGAGAGUGGCGACAACUUUGCCGCUUCUGUCGUGGCAAAUUGUUUCCGUGGGUAAAGUCCUACAGCCGGUUUUGGCGUGGGGACGCAGCAACGAGCUAAACUACACCCGUGUCCUGGCGGGAUUAAACGGUAACAAACUGAGAUUGUCGCAGUUGCGGUCGGUAAGACUUUCGUAUACACUCUCUACGAUCCAUUGGAUCGGUUCGCGUCAUUUAGUUACGAUUGAUACAAGCGAAAAUUUGCGACUAAUCGAGGUGCGAACUCAACGAGAGCUCGAGGUUAUCGAUAUUACAAGUGCGGGUUUAGUGUACAGCUCGGCCCACUUCAAAGCGUUGGCGCUCGGAGGUGGUGUUAGUGAGGCCUUUGCUUUGGCAGGCGAACGCGCCUGCUACAGCAGUAUAGUCAGUCGGGGGGAUCAACUGUUGGUGCUGGGCACGAAGAAUGUUCAGAUAGUUAAGUUACGGACGUGGUCUGAGCGUUUGAAUUACCUCAGUGAUCAAGGCCGUUGGGCGGAGGCGCUGAAUUUGGCAGCUGAGGAAAAUAUGCAUCGCGAUAAAGCAGCUAUGGUUCUGCUAGAAAAGUUCUUGAUCAACCUAAUACAGAAUGGAGUCGAUCGAGAUAGUCUCACAGCAGCUGUGAAUUGCUGUGUUAAAUUGAAUAAAAUAGAUCUGCUAUGUAACGAUCUGUGGGACGCGGUUGCCUUGGACCAAUACACCCUGGAAUGGUACUACACGUUACUAAUCGACCAUAUUUCCGACGGUUCCUUAUAUUUUUUAAAUCCGAGUGUUGCACAAGCCUUAGUCACUUACUUACACCAGAAGAGUCCGACGUUAUUGGAGAACGUUUUGUUAUCGAUCGACCUCAGCUGCCUCGAUUUACAUCAAGUUCUCGGCAUCUGCAGGAAAAAUAAACUAUACGACUCGUGGAUUCACAUCACAACUAAGACUAUGGGCGAUUACGUUAGCCCGCUCACCGAGUUCAUCGGCGAGUUAACCCCCGACAAUCACAAACUCGGGAAUACCCUGUUGGUGUACGUUUCCGCGUGUCUGUCCGGUUUGGGCUACCCGCACGGAAAGAUACCCGACAGAGACGUACAAAGAAUUAAGCAUGACGUAUUGCGGUGCCUCGAGACUGUACAUACGGUUCACGCCGUGGAGAACGAACAAAACUUCCCGUAUUUGCGCGCGCUCCUCAAGUAUAAUACGCGAGAAUGUCUCAACGUUGUCGAAAUCGCAUUUCGAGAGGUCGAGUUCUCGGGAGAAAUGGGGUUGUUGCAGAGACAGCGGUUGGUACAGAUCCUACUUCAGAUCGUUACGCCGCCCGAAUUUAGUGAUAGUGAGGUUAUAAUAUUGGCCUGCUUCAUUUCUCGACUGAUUACAUCCGCGAAUUUAAGUGCGGACGAGGAGAUUUUAAAUACAGUCGUACAGUCGCUGACGAACGCCGGUGAUAAGUUAAGCUUGCGCGAUCACUCGGAACGCGAACAGGCGUGGAUCGAUUUGUUAAAUGGACAGAAGAUGGGGCACCUGGAUCUCGACGCGCAACUACAAACGGCGUUAGAUGCGAAGUGUUACAAGGUAGUCGAAUGUAUUUACGAAAAACAAGGAAAGUUUGCGAAUAUUUUGGAAUGUUAUUUAAACGAUAAGGUGAGGCAUGUUGAGGUCUUUAGUUACAUUCGAAAGUACAUUUCGGACGAGGAGCGUUGUAUUCGACAGCAGUUUAUGGCGAAUUUUAAGACGCUUGUCGAUGUCGACAGUAAAAGAACUGCAGAUGUGGUGAUCGAAAAUUAUUCAAAACUAGCCGAGCAGCUCUGCUGUAUUCUCGAGACGGACUCGGAAUUACUGUACAAGUUUUUAAGCCAGAUUAUUUACACCGAUGUGAAGUUAUCACCGAAGACAACUGAGGAAUAUUUGCGACUACUUUGCAUGAAAAAUCCGUCCGCUGUAUAUAGUUAUGUAAAGUUAAAUCUGUGCAGAGUAGAGGAGGCCCUCAAAAUUACUCAAAAAUAUCAGAUGCACUCCUCAGUCGCGUGGUUGUUGGAACAAAGUGGCGAUUUUGAGCAGGCUUUGAAUCUGCUACUGCGACACAACAUGAUCGAUUCCGCUCUUGAGGUGUGCAUAAGAGGCAGCGAGCAUUUAGAUGCCAAAGAAACUCAGAAGUUAUGGUUGGAACUUCUAAAACAUCCGACAGUUGUUGAAAAUAUUUCCAUGAGAGAAUUGCUACAUUCCGCUGCACCUCACGUGCCUCCCGCGCAGCUCUUAGAGCUUGUGACAGAUGCGAACUUGGGCGACAUCAAGGUAUUGGUGGAGGGUAUGCUGUCUGACUGCGAACAUGAUAUUCAGUUAUUGAACUCAACCUUUAAAAUUUUAAGCUGCGAUCUACAUCACGGUUUGGCGAAGUUUCUAUGCUACCACGGGAAAGGAAUAUCGGUGCAAACACUCAAUUGUAAUUUAUGCCAAAAAACACUUAGCAAUAGGUUAGAUAAUAAGGAGGAGAAAAUCGCUGUAUGGGGUUGCGGCCAUUCCUUUCACACUGCCUGUAUCGCAUUGUUAGAUGAUGGAAGAUGCCCGAACUGUAAGACGUCGGCAACUCACUCCUCAAACCAGAAACCACCCAGACGAAUUAGAUACGAAAGCAAAAGUGAUAGUAUCCGACUGAGGCCCGACUUGGAAGGGCACUUUUAGUUUGUAAUUUUACAACCUAGUCCGGCAUUUGUUUUACGCCUUGACCUCUCAUAAAGGUGCAAAUGUACAAAGAAGAAAAUUUUAAGAUACAUAUUAGUCAUUUAUUAUUCAAUUGUAAACAAUUUUAUUUAUUUACAUAUUGUGAUAUAAUAAUAAUAAAUAUUAAAUCAUUUACCUGUC